UUUGUUGUUGCUGACGAGACGCAGGGAGAAGGAAAGAAGGCUCUCAAACUAGAGCUGUAAACGGCAGAUUUUAUCACUAAAUGUCAUUAUUUUGUAUCUAAAGAAGGGACGUAAACUUAGCACAAUGUCGAAGAAUACAGUGUCUAAUCGAUUCAGGACAGUAGACGUUGACGAAUACGACGAGAACAAAUUUGUUGACGAGGAGGAUGGAGGUGAAAAUCAGCUGGGUCCUGACGAGGCAGAAGUGGACUCGCUAAUCAGACAAGGGAACCUGAUGGAGGCCUUGCAGGCAGUCCUGAAGAACCCACCAAUCAACACCAAGAACCAGAACGUCAAGGACUGUGCCGAGGGCCUUGUGUUGAAGGUGCUGAGUGCCUUUAAGAGCAGUGACGUAGAGAAGGGGGUCCAGUCUCUGGAUAAGAACGGAGUGGACCUGCUCAUGAAGUACAUCUACAAAGGCUUUGAGACGCCAUCGGAUAACAGCAGUGCCGUCCUGCUGCAGUGGCAUGAAAAGGCUCUAUCUGCAGGUGGCCUGGGGUGCAUCGUUAGAGUACUAACGGCCAGGAAGACUGUCUAACUAACAGAGGAGAGGAGCCAUGUUCUUCACAGCGACCGUCUGGUGCACAUUACAACACAAGGAUGAUAUCCAGUAGAUCACAGCGUGUCACAGAGGAGAUCCCUCCUAUCUGUCUCUGCUUCUUUUCAGAUCUCACUUCCCUAUGUCUCCCUACACAGACACACACACACUGAUACAGCUGGUUCACACAUUCACCCAAACACAUAACACAUGCCAAGUUGGAAUCGUUUUUAGUAUUUUUACUCCAUUCCUUUCCUUCCCUAGACCCUCAAACACACACAAACACAAUUGCUACAGAGCUCUCCUUCCUUUCCUUCCCUAGAC